UUUGCCACCCUCAAGUCAAGGCCGCAAGAGACCGGGAAAGAUCUCAGCCAAACAAGCAUGUGAUCAUCUUGUGAAAUUCAUCAAGACCGGUAACAGUAUCCAAGGGCACUUGGACAGUAUUGGAGAGAGACUCCAGCCGUAUCUACUCGCUGUUGGGCCGAACAAAAGUAGGAUCCAUUCUUGGUUUAUUGUGAUUGACCAACAUGCUCUACCCUGUAAGGCUUCUAAUUCAUUGGCCUGUGUUGAUGAGCUUUUCAAAGCUCACUUUGUCUUUGGGACUUCAUACUGUCAGGAAUUGACCAAUGUGUUUAGCUUUCUGCAAACCGCAGUCUAUGAUAUAGAUGUUGAAACCACCAAGGUAAAUCCCAGAGUAUCCGAGUUGAGAGCUAGAAUCCUCCAGUGAGCAGAUGAUUUGUUUCAUUUGUAAAAAGGGGCAAGCUAAUGCCAAUGCCCUUAUAAGGCACUUCAAGUUAGUUCAUGGUCUUUGUCCAGGAAAAAGUCUCAAGUUAAAAUGUGCUCAAAGAGGUUGUUCACAUGUUUACCAUAGUUUUUCUGGAUUACGAAAGCAUCUCAGCAAGUGUUGUGCAAUUGACCGUUCACGCAUUGAUUCUGGUGAAAGCUCAUCCACCACCAACUCCAUUUCAUUAGAUGAUGUAGGUGUUUUAUCAAACCAAAAUCCGCCUUGUGAGUCUGCACUCUUAAAAACAAAUAUAGUAAACAGUUGUGCAACAGUGGUGGCUGAACUUAAAGUUGCUGGUGUCGCAGAGACAACUAUUAACUAUGUUGUUGGUGCUCUAGAAGAAGUGAUUGGAGAUAUUCAUAGUGAAACUCAAGAAUCAGUGAAAAACAGCCUAUCCUUAGAGGAGCCCAUAAAAAGUGUUGUCGAGUCUCAAAUAGAUCAGUUUUUUGAAAAAAUACAAAAUCCUUUUGCGACAUUAAACACUGAAAGCAAGAGAAUGCGGUACUUUUCAGACAAAUGGGGGAAAAUAGAUCCUGUUGAAUAUGUUCUUGGAACAAGAUUUGCAACGCGGCGUAACAGAACAACUGGAACUUUUGCCCAAACCAUUGUUAAGGAUAAAUUUGUAUAUAUACCAAUUAUUGAGACUUUACAGUCCAUUUAUAGACACCCUAGCAUUACAGAUAUGAUGGCGAGAGAUUCACAACAAAGACCAAAUUGUCUUUAUGACAUACACGAUGGAGAAUUCUUUAAGAGGCAUGCACUCUUCUCAAAACAAAGACAUGCAGUUCAGAUCCAGCUUUUUUUGAUGAAUUUGAAUGCUCAAACCCCCUUGGAUCAAAACGAGGAAUACAUAAGUUAGGAGCUAUCUAUUUUACCCUUAGAAAUAUUUCCCCUAAAUACAAUUCGAGUUUACUAAAUAUACAUUUAGUCACUUUAUUUCAUGCACAAGAUAUCAAAACCUAUGGGUUUGAUAAAAUACUAGAGCCACUUGUCCAGGAUAUCUCAACACUGGAAACCAUUGGAAUUCAGAUUCCUUUAUUUGAUCAGACAGUUUAUGGAACCAUUGUCCAGGUUACUGGUGACAACCUUGGUGUCCAUUCCUUGUUUGGUUUUGUGGAAUCAUUUAGUGCCAGGUACUGUUGCCGCUUUUGCCUACUAGAGAAAGAGGACUUUCAGACAGUGUUCAGUGAAGAUAGUCCAAAGAUGACAGUGCGAACUAAAGAACUUCAUGCUGAACACUGCCAGACGAUGCAGAGCAAUCCCAGUCUGCCUUAUGUAAUGGGAGUAAAAAAGUCUUGCCUUUUAAAUUCGUUGCAAUAUUUCCACACAACUUCAAAUUUUUCAGUCGAUAUUAUGCACGACAUAUUAGAGGGGGUUGCUCAAUUUGAGAUGAAAUUACUAAUUCAGCACCUGAUAGAAAAUUACACCACAUCAGCAGAAGUAGACAGAAGAAUUCAGAGUUUCAACUAUGGCUUCAUGGAACAAAACAACAAACCUCCUGGUAUACAAUUAAGAGAGGGUUCCAAUGACUUGGGCUUAAAUGCCACUCAGAGCUGGUGUUUAUUGCGUUA